AUGGUCGGCGCAUCCAUUAUCCUUGCCGUCGGCGUAGCUGUAGGGGUCGUAUCCUCCGCUACGCAGUCCGUGGGCCUGACGCUGCAGCGCAAGGCCAGCGUCGCGCACGCCGCGUCGCACGGCCGGCGCUCGCUCUACCGCAGCGGCACCUGGCAGCUCGGGUUCGCGCUGUUCCUGCUUGCCAACAUCGUCGGCAGCACGGUGCAGAUCGCGACGCUCCCGCUCAUCGUGCUCGCGCCUCUGCAGAGCUGCGGCCUGCUGUUCAACUCGCUCGCCGCGCACUACCUCCUGAAAGAGCGCUCCACGUGGCUCACGGUCGCGGCCACGCUGCUGGUGAUCCUGGGCGGCAUGGUCGUCGGCGUGGUCGGCGUCUCCGCGUCGUCCAGCAUGGACACCGUCACCCACUCACUGACGCAGCUGGUGCGGCUCGCGCACCAGCGCCUGUUUCUGCGCUGGUUCGCGCUCACCAACGCGGCCGUCGUGUUGCUGCUGGCCGCGACCUCGUGCUACGCGCACGCCCUGCCGGCCGUGGUCAAGGGCGUCGUCUACGGCUGCUGCAGCGGCACCUGGUCCGCGCACUCGCUGCUCAUGGCCAAGUCCGUCUCCGACGUGGUUUCCCACGCGGUCCUGCAGGGCACCGCGGACCUCCGCACCCUCGGCUUCUGGCUGCUGGUCCUGGCCUUCGUGUCGCUGGCGCUCGCCCAGCUCUUCCUGCUCAACAAGGGCCUGCGCCACCUCUCCACCUCUGUGCUCUACCCGCUGGUCUUCUGCGUCUACAACCUGAUCAACAUCUUCAACGGUCUCGCGUUCUACCACCCGCCGGACACGCCGCUGGCGCGCGUCUUAGCCGUCAUGCUGCCGGGCGCCGCGAGUCUCGUACUCGGCGUCGUGCUCUUGUCGCGCGACCAAUACAACAUGUUCCAGCACGAGAACACGGCCGCGGCCUCGGACCCCUCUCGCCGCACAAGCACGCUGUCCUACACCAGCCUGCGGCCCCAGUCCAUGGAUCUCUCGUCUCUGCAAUCCACCCCGCUUUCCGCCGACGACUCGGACGCCUUCUACAUCUCGCUGCCGCAGGCCACACGCAAGGAUAAGUACGGGUCCGUCAACUCUUCCAAACGCAACAGCAGGCGGGUCCUGUCCUAUGAACAAGAAGGCAUACUCACACAGAUGGUGUAG